UGAAAGUUCACUUGAAGCUCGUGCUGGUGUCCGUCAGGUCAGGUGACAGCAGCAGCUGUUGACCACAGACAGACAGGAGGCUUCAGAGAGACAGGACAACAUGGAGAGCUCCUGAGAAGCUGUUUCCUCUGUUUUUCUGUUUGAGCUUCUGACCCGACAUGUCUCCGCUGCAGCUGUCCGUCUACUGGCGUCUCUCUCUCGUCUUCUUCUUCACCUCUUUUCUGUUCUUCGUCGACAUUUUCACGGCUGCCAUCGUUGCCGCCACCUGUCACCAUGGCAACCUCACCGCCGGGGGCUCUUCGAACGCGGAGCGCAAUCAGAGCCGAUCAGAGCCCGGGGAAGACGACGCUGAUUGGACGACGGCGGAGAGCGGGAACCUAGACUCAGUGUGUGGCUGGACAGACUGGUUGUCCUACGGUCAGACUGUCUACAUGGUCGGGAUGCUGCUGGGAUCUCUGUUUGGAGGAGCCAUAUCUGACCGGUACGGGAAGCGUCCGGUGCUGCUGGCGUGCGUGUGCGUGCACGCCGUGUGCGGCCUCGUGCCCGCCGUCCUUCCUCAGCCGUUUGUCUUCCUCGCCAUCCGCUGCCUGACGGGCGUCUGCUGCUGCGGCAUCAACAUCUGCUCCUUCAGUCUGGCGGUGGAGUGGACUCUGCCGGCCAAUCGUCUCUGGCCUCCAGCCUUCCUGCCUUUCUGCUUCAGUGUGGGGACGAUGGGUGGAGCUCCGCUUGCUUGGUUCAGCCCCACCUGGACGCAGCUUCACCUGUCGCUGGCUCUGCCUCAGCUCAUCUGUCUGCCUCUCUUCUUUUCAGUCCCGGAGUCGCCGAGCUGGUUGUUGUUAAGAAGGAGGACGGAUGUUUUGGACCGUUACCGUAGCAACAGCCCUGCAGAUGAACAGUGUCUGGAUCUGCUGCUGGACUCGGCCUGGUCUGACCUGCAGAAAGCCACCGACGCUCAGAAGGAGCCGCCUCCUGGAGGCCACGCCCCCAGCGACAUCAUCCACCUGAGGCAUCCAACCGUGCUGCUGCGACUGUUCAUCAUGAGCUACCUGAGUGCGGUGUCUGCGCUCACCUACUUCGGCAUCUGCAUGAACAUCGGCUCGUUCGGCGUCGGCGUCUACUCUGCCCAGUUCUUCUCCGGCCUCUCAGAGGUUCCCGGUCUUCUCGUCCCGUUAGCUGGCCUGGGCCGCCGGCCGCUGAGCAUGCUGGCUCUGUUCCUGAGCGGGGCGGCCUGCUUCCUGUCCUUACUGCUGUCCAGAUCCCACGGCGAGCCGGUGCUGGUGAUGGGACUGGCUCUGCUGGGGAAACUCUGCAUCCUGGCAGCCAUCUUCAUCUCCGUCCUGUACAGCAUUGAGCUGUUUCCCACGGUGGUCAGGCAGAGGUGUGUGUCCGCCGUCAACUUGUGUUUCCGGAUCGGAUGUUUGGUCAACUCCCUCGUCCCCCCCAACCCAAACGGAGCCAUCUCAUUGGCUGCCAUGGUUGUGUACAGCAGUGGACCAAUCGUAGGGUGCGGCCUGUGCCUGCUGCUCCCGGAGACCAGCGGCGUCCAGCUCCCGGACUCGGUGGAGGACUGUACCAGGCAGCCUCAGCCCCGGCCGCCCAGCCUGGGCCCCCUCUGGAGGUCAUUACAAUAUUUCAUUGAAAUGACUAAACCUUCGUUAGCCUUCUGUCAUUAACGAGCUCAGCUCUGUGAAGCUGGUGAGAAGCCAAACCAGGAAAACACAAAGUGUCCCCGCAGAGAAAGACGGCACAGACACAGGACUGCUGUGAACACACACACACACACACACACACACACACACACACACACACACACACACACACACACACACACACACACACACAGGACUGAUGUGAACACACUCCAAGUGUUGGCCUGUUUUAUGUUAAUGAGCUUCGUUUGUUGAGAUUUGAUUUGAUAUUAAAAACAAAGAGGUGACGAUCACUCUGGGAGUGUGUGUG